AAAUCCGUGAUCGCCUCUGCCUAAAAGCUCUGUACUGCUGCUGGGUUCGAUCAGUGUUGGAAUAUGCUUCGGUAAUUUCGGUAAACGCUGGUGCAACAAUGAUGGACAGGAUGGAAAGGGGCCAACAAAAGUUUAGUCGCGUUGCUGUUCAUCAUUCACUUUCUGGGUAUCCCAAUACAGUUCUAUCCUAUCUGCAUUGUUGCCGUCUGCUAGGCCUGGAGCCAUUAAGUACGCGAAUUUGUCACUUCCAAUCCUAUUUUAUCACUUGUUUUCCCUCCUACCGACCCUUUUCUUUCAGCUUUUAGCGAUUCAUAUCAUCUAUUUGACCAACGAGGCAAACAAAUAAAUCUAAUAAUGAUAAUUAUAAUGAUGAUAAUAAUUAGAAUUAUUAUUAUACAAUUAUUUCAAAAUUCAUUCAACAUCAUUAUUAGUAUGAAAACAUCACAAAUAGUAUUAAUAUAUGUACUUUUAACCACAUUUUAAAAGAACUCGUGAUUCCGACAAGUGGCAUUCGAUUGAGGAAAUUUUGAGCAUUUGUAUUUUAUCUGUUUUUUAAAUAACACAAAUCUGUUUCUAAAUUUGCAAACAAACAUAGAUUCCAGGUAAUAAACUUUGAUAAUUAAAUUUUUUUAUAAAAUAACUUUUUAGUGCAAUUCAACUAAUUUGUUAUUCGUUUGAGUUUUCGGUGGUAUGUUUGCUAUAUUAAUUAUGAAGAUAGCACGGGACAAUAUUCUCACGACAUUAUUUCUUCAUUCAUUCCUAUUCGGACUCGUUCAAUAACCCCGAGCGAUUCUAAACUGGUUGUUUCGUUCGAAACAGCUGCGUUUAGUGUCGCUUAAGGCAAUAUAGAAAAAAAUAUUCUGUGAUUUCCCUUUUCCACAUUUAUACGUUUUUAUAGGCGUUCUGGGAUCACAAAGCAGAAAAAGUCGUUUGCAUGAUCUGCUGAUAAACAGGCUUUUUGAGAAGAAUAACAUUGGUAACAUGGUAAAAUGGUAACAUUGAAUACUAUUUCUUUAUACUUUUAAUUUUAAACGUGGAACAUGUAGAGAUUGAUAUGGCAUUCUUGCUUUUUAGAGCUUUUUCAAGGUUAAAUUGCGAUUUUGCAAAAAGCUUUCUCAACGCACACAUUUGCAAAGCUUUCUAACAAGACGAAUGCGACAGCUGAGGGAGCUUUGUAUUUAAUCAAUUUUAAUUUUGCACAGCAUCCAGAAAGUAGAAAAUAAUUUUGUUUUUAACUUCAAUUCCAGAAUAUUGUAUACUGUAAAUGAAUAAUUAAUCUACAGUUAAACAUUGAAGCUUAAAUUAAACAUACAUAUUUAGUGCAAACAAAAAGUCACAUAAUAGAAUAAUGGUAUAAAUUUCAAGAAACUGUACAUUUAUAGUUCUGUAGAGACGGAAACUGUAGAUUAUUUAUGCGACUAAGGCUGCGUUUAAUUUAUCUAUUUUUGCUCUCACCUCUGUCGUCAUCGUUGUGCAAAACCUGUAUGUUGCCCAAACAUACACACAGACAAAGAUGCGUGCUACACAAAAUACACGCACGGCAUAUCCGCAUGAACAGAGUCAGCGUCUUCCACCGGCAGUGAAAGUCCCAAGCAACCACAAACAAGGCACGCAACCGAAACGGGAUGGAAAGAGAUGCCGGCUGUACAAUAGAAUAACAACCUACCAAAAGAGUGUCUACCAAACUGAUCGACGUCAGAUUUUUGAAUAUAUUCGCCCAUUUCGAUCCCGUUAGCCUACGAUGGAAAUACGCCGUGAAUGAGCAUUGGUAUAUGGUGUCGCGUUUUUAGUGAACGCUUGAUGCCGAGAUCCGAAACACGGUCUAGUUAGUGUCGGUAUAAUCGGUGCGCAAAAGAGUUUUGAGGUGGCAGAGUUUUUUUUUAUUUGUUUUGGUUUCUAAUUGAUCGCAUCCAAUUGUUUAGUGCAUUGCUAUAGUAAUAUACUUCGGUGUAACUUUAAGCAUGAACGAACAUUUAGUGUACAUAAUCGUUAGUUUGCUUACCAUCAAUGUGACAUGUGGCUUGAAACAUCGGAAUGCCCAACGAUACGAAGUUAGAACACUUCCAACGGUACCGAACAAUGAUUAUUUAACGGAAGAGUUCGAACCCGAAGAGGAACGGAUCAUCAACUUCGUUACGGUGCGUCCGGAAUACUUCGAGAUAAAUCGUGCCCGACCAAUUAUCGACUGGAUUACGGGCGUCAUCGGUGCCCCAGUUUUUGCCAGUGAUUCUUCGGUGCCAUCACAAAAUUGCACACCCUGCAAAUGUGGAUUAGUUGAGCCGAUAAACGAACGAAUAGUAGGUGGCACUCCUGUGGACGAAAAUAGCUUUUCCUGGAUGGCCGCUCUCUACUACGACAAUAAGUUCAGCUGCGGUGGUUCCCUGAUUUCGGAUCGAUAUGUCAUCACUGCGGCCCACUGUACGACCAAACCCGACCGGGCAUUGUUACGCGUACAGUUUGGCGUUAAUGACCGCAGCAAACCGACUGGAACAUCAAUAGAGCGAAGCGUCAAACGUAUUCUGACCAACUGGUACAAUGCCUUCAAUAACAACAACGAUAUUGCGCUGCUGGAGCUCACAUACCCCGUGUCGAUCAGCGAUCGUGUGAUGCCUAUUUGUUUGCCACAGGCUACGGAAAUGUACGAGGGCACCCGCGGUAUAGUCACGGGCUGGGGAAGAACGAAAACGGGAGGAGGUCUUUCCGGUACGUUACAACAAACCGAAGUACCGAUCCUGACGAACCGUGAGUGUCGGCGGGCUGGCUAUUGGGCGUUUCAGAUAACGAACAGGAUGAUCUGUGCCGGAUAUCUUGAGGGUGGUAAAGAUUCCUGCCAGGGUGAUAGUGGGGGACCGCUGCAAGUGCUGAAUAGUAAACUCAACCAUUAUGAACUAGUCGGGGUUGUUUCGUGGGGUCGUGCCUGUGCUCAGAAGAAUUUCCCGGGCGUGUACACGCGUGUUAGCCAGUAUCUGUAUUGGAUCAACCGGAACAUUAAGGAUUCCUGUCUAUGUAGUUAA